CGUCACGUAACAAUAUGGCUUCCCAAAUUACGAAAGACCAAAGUUUUUUCGAUCCUCAAGUCUACCUUGACAGUUUUUUCGAUCAACCAGACAAAGAUGAAUUCUUUCUAGUAAAACUUACCAAUUUCUGGACUCAAGUUGUAAGAGAAAAAGCGACUAGAAUGCUGGAAUAUGGCGCUGGACCAACCAUCUCAAGGUUCAUCACUGCCUCGAAUCACGUCCAAAGUAUCAUAGCAGCUGAAUAUCUACCAGCAAAUCGACAAGCCAUGAAAGACUGGAUCAAUUUCGGCCCACCAUUCGAUGUCGUGCAAACAUCUCUUUGUCUUGAGGCUGUAGUCGAUAGUUUCGAAGAGUAUAAAGAUCAAGUUGCAUAUCUCGCAGGUCUGGUUCGUCCUGGUGGUURUUUACUCAUGCAUGGUGUGUUAGAGCAAACAUUUUACACUGUCAAGGAGAAGUUAUACACAUUUUAUUUGACGAAGGAAAUGGUGCUAGAAAGCAUGAAGGAAGCAGGAAUCACUGACGUUGUUAUGGAAUUGGCCACUGAACAUCUCGACUUUAAGGAAUUCAAUGAGCUUCCCUUUGCGGACCUUAAAGAUAUGUUUGUAGUCUACGGGCAAAAAUAGUAUACUGACUUCAGUAGGCGUGAAGUGUUAGCCUUUAAUAUUUGUGCCCUUUUGAUGCUAAAUAUUGAUUUAAAAUUUGAAAUCAAAGUUGUUUAACAUUUCAAUUUCUUUAGAUGUAUUGUUAGAAAUAACGUGUGAUCAACAACAUUCUAUAUAUUAUAAUAAUAGUGAUGAUAAAAGUGGAAGAAAAAUAACAGAG